AGGGACAACCUGGAAGGCAGGAAGGAGGAAGUUGCUCUCUGCCUGGCUCCGUGGGACUCUCUGCAACUUCUCCAGCUCCCAAUGUCAGCCUCUGCAGUCUUUAUUCUGGACCUUAAAGGCAAGCUGCUGAUAUGUCGGAACUACAAAGGGGAUGUGGAUAUGUCGGAGAUUGAGCACUUCAUUCCAAUGUUAACACAGAAGGAAGAUGAAGGGGCCGUGUCUCCACUGCUGACUCGUGGCAAAGUGCACUUCCUGUGGAUUAAGCACAGCAACCUGUACUUGGUUGCAACGACGACAAGAAAUGCAAACGCUUCACUUGUCUACGCAUUUUUGUACAAAGUCGUCCAGGUCUUCACCGAAUACUUUAAGGAGCUGGAGGAGGAGAGCAUUCGAGACAACUUUGUCAUUAUCUAUGAGCUCCUGGAUGAAGUGAUGGAUUUUGGUUUCCCGCAGACGACAGACAGCAAGAUCCUUCAGGAGUACAUCACGCAACAAGGACACAAACUGGAGGUAGCUGCACCACGCCCUCCGCCUACCGUCACUAACGCGGUGUCCUGGAGGUCGGAAGGCAUCAAGUACAAAAAGAACGAGGUGUUUAUUGACGUCAUUGAAGGGGUCAAUGUGUUGGUCAGCGCCAACGGGAACGUUCUGCAGAGCGAGAUUGUCGGCAGCGUGAAGCUCCGGGUUUUCCUGUCCGGAAUGCCGGAACUCCGGCUGGGGCUGAACGACAAGGUGCUCUUCGAGCUAACAGGACGAGGCAAGAGUAAAUCCGUCGAGAUGGAAGAUGUGAAGUUCCACCAGUGUGUGAGACUGUCUCGUUUUGAAAACGACCGAACGAUAUCCUUCAUUCCCCCGGACGGAGAUUUUGAACUCAUGUCUUAUCGACUAAACAUCCACGUGAAGCCUCUGAUUUGGAUUGAAUCUGUAAUCGAGACGUUUUCCCACAGCCGAGUGGAAUAUCUGAUCAAGGCCAGGAGUCAGUUCAAGAAGCAGUCGGUGGCCAACAACGUGGAGAUUGUAAUCCCUGUGCCCAGCGACGCUGAUUCACCCAAGUUCAAGACGACCAUGGGCAGUGCCAAGUGGGUUCCUGAAAACAACACCGUAGUGUGGACCAUCAAAUCCUUACCUGGCGGGAAGGAGUAUCUAAUGCGAGCUCACUUUGGUCUUCCAAGCGUGGAGAGUGAAACCACCGAGGGGAAACGGCCCAUCUCCGUCAAGUUUGAGAUCCCAUACUUCACUGUCUCGGGGGUGCAGGUGCGGUACAUGAAAAUUAUAGAGAAGAGUGGUUACCAGGCACUGCCGUGGGUGAGAUAUAUAACUCAGAGUGGAGAUUACCAACUGCGGAUACAUUAACAACCGAGAAGUUUAACCCUUACUCUGCCGUAUGGGGAGAAAACAAAUAGGCUGGUUCUUCCCACCAAACCAGUGGCUUUCACCAUCCCAUUAAUAUCUCUCCUGAUCCAUUCAUGCAUUCAUUUAUUGUACCACAGUUAACUGUUUUUUUGUCACCUUUCUUGAGUAGAGAUUGGCAGCAAAUACUUUGCGAAGGCAGCCUGCUGUAGCACCAUGCAAGCAUGACGAGGCUGUUCAGCCCCUUGAGACUGUCCUGUUAGACCGACUCAACGCUCAAAUCCAUUUCACCUUUGCUCCGCAUUCCUUCAACGUCCUUACUGAAGGAAACUCCCUCACCAUCUUGAAGACUGUGCUUGACCUUUUGAGAAUCCCGAAUGCCUCCCGAUUUCACCCCUGGUUGGCCUGUCUUAAAGUGAUGCACCCAUAACCUGGAAAUGUCCUGGCUCAGCGGUUUGAGAAUUCGAAUUCCGAUUUCUUCUUCCUGGGGAUUAUAAACUUGGAAAUUAAAGCAUCGAUUUUGUUGGAAAUGACUAUGCAGCUGUCAGAUUGGAAUCAGAGAGAGUGUUACACUGGGAAGGGCAGGACCUAGAGGCUGUAAUAUAAGGUAGUUUGUAAGAAAUCCAACAGGGAAUUCAGAAGAAACUUCCAUAUCCAGGGACAGAAAUAAGACUAAUACUUACCACCAUAGGCAGCAGUUGAAGUGAAUGGUGUAAAUGUAUGUCAGGGGAAGCAGAUGAGAGAGAAAGAAAUGGAUAGUAACAAUCCUGGAUUUAGAUGAGUAAAGGUGAGAAGCAUUUAUUGCCUAAACCUAAUUCAGAAUCAUUGUGUCAUACAGCACAGAAACAAAAUCCCUUCACUCCAAGACAUGCUUGCCUUCAUUGCUCAGAUCUUGGACAAUAGGAGUUGGGACGUCAUGUUGAGGUUGUGCAGGACUAAAGCGAAUGCCCUUCAGGGAAGGAAAUCUGCCACUGCUACCCAACCUGGCCCAUAUGUGACUCCAGACCCACAGCAAUGUGGUUGCCUCUCAACUCUCUGGGCAGUUAAGAAUGGGCAAUGAAUACCGACCUGGAAAGGAAUCAAAAAAUUCCAAGAGCAGCAAAGAUCACAUAGAGUCCUAGAGCACGGAAACAGACCCUUCCAGUCCAUGCUGACCAUAAUCCCAAACUAGACUAGUCCCACCUGCCUGCUCCUGGUCCAUAUCCCUCCAAACCUUUCCUAUUCAUGUACUUAUCCAAGUGUCUUUUAAACAUUGUACUUGUCCCCACAUCCACCACUUCCUUUGGCAGUUCAUUCCACACUCUCUGUAAAUCAAGUUGCCCCUCCUGUCCUUUUUAAAUCUUUCUCCUCUCGCCUUAAAAAUAUGCCCCCUCAUUUUGAACUCCCCCACCCUUGGGAAAAGACCCUGGUCAUUCUUUAUCUUGGCCCUCACCCCCCCCCCCCAUGAUUUUAUAAACCUCUUCAGUGUCACCCCUGAACCUCCAAUGCUCCAGUGAAAAAAAUAUUCAGUCUAUUUUUUUAUAUCUGAAACUCUCCAUUCCCAGCAACAUCCAGUUUAAUAAUAUCCUUUCUAUAACAGGGCAACCAGAAUUGCACACAGUACUCCAAACAGGCCUCACCCAAUGUCCUGCACAUCCUCCACAUGAACAUCCUAAAUAUCUGAGUGAUGUGGACAAGUGUGCUAAAUGCUUACUUAACCACCCUGUCUCUGUGUGACACAAAUUUCAAAGCAUUGUGUACCUGAACUCUUAGGUCUCUCUGUUCAACAUUAAUUGUAAAAGUUCUGUUUUUGUUUGCAUUAACAAAAUGCAAAACCUCACAUUUAUCCAAAUUAAACGCGAUCUCCCACUCCUCGGCCAGUUGAUCCAAUCCAUCAAGAUAUCUUUGUAACCUUCUUCACUGUCCACGAUGUCACCAAUUUUGGUGUUAUCAGCAAACUUUCUAACCGCACCUCUUAUAUUCUCAUCCAAAUCAUUGAUAUAAACGACAAACAAAAGUGGACCUAGCUCCAAUCCCUGUGGAACUCUGCUGGUCACAAGCCUCCAGUCUGAAAAAAACCACCCUCCACCACCACUCUCUGUCUCCUACCAUAAGCCAAUUUUUUAAUCCAGUUGUUAUGCUCACGCUGAAUCAGAUAUGAUCUAAAUACCUGGUUUCGUCCAAGUUCCUCAAGACUCCCCCAAACCCCAGCCAUCUUCAUUGGGCAACAGAAACACUGGAGGCACAAGUGUCCCAUUCUGAGGAAGAGUCGUGACACAUAUAUCUGUUUCUCUCGCCACCGAUGCUGCCAGACCUGCUGAGUUUCGCCAGCAAUUCCUGUUCCAAUUUUCUGAUCUCCCAGUAUCUGCAGGUAUUUGCUUACAUCCACAGAUUGUAAAGUUCACUAAAUCUUUUGGAAUGACCCCUAAUAAGGAGUGGGGGAGGGGAGCCAACAGGUCAUUCUGAAUCUAAUUAAGAAUCUCAGGCCCAAUAGUCUGGGGAUGUCGGUUUGAUGGUGAAAUUUAAAUGCAAUUUUAAACAAAACACCAGGAAUUAAAAGUUUUUCUUGAUGGCAAGGUGAGUGGAUGUGACCCUCUGCACAUUUUACUUCAUCUCCACUGUCAAUGUCAUCUUCUGUUUCUCUCUUGUUUAGAAUCUUAGAGCUGUGCAGCAUGAAAACAGAGCCUUCGGCCUAACUCGUCGAUGCCGACCAGAUAUCCUAAAUUAAUCUAGUCACAGUUGCCAGCACUUGACCCAUAUCCUUCUAAAUCCUUCCGAUUCAUAUACUCUUUUAAAUGCUGUAAUUGUACCAGCCUCCACCACUUCCUCUGGCAGCUCAUUCCAUACACGUACCACUCUCAGUGUGAAAAAGUUGCCCCUUAGGUCCCUUUUAUAUCUUGUCCCCUCUCACCCUAAACCUAUGCCCUCUAGUUCUGCACUCCCCCACCCUGGGAAAAAGACCUUGUCCAUUUACCCUAUCCAUGCCCCUCAUGAUUUGUAAACCUCUAUAAGGUCACCCCCUCAGCCUCUGACGCUCCAGGGAAAACAGCCCCAGCCUGUUCAGCCUCUCCCUAUAGCUCAAACUCUCCAACCCUGGCACCAUCUUUGUAAAUCUUUUCUGAACCCUUUCAGGUUUCACAACAUCUUUCCAAUAGGAAGGAGACCAGAAUUGCAUGCAAUACUCCAAAAGUGGUCUAACCAAUGUCCUGUGCAGCCGCAACAUGACCUCCCAACUCCUGUACUCAAUGCUCUGACCAAUUCCAAUUCCAAAUAUUUCCCUCACACCCAAGUGCAGUUUAAUUCUGGAGAUGUUCAAGAAUGGAGUUUAUUCCAUUGCCUUUAAUUGCACUGACUCGCCAAAUGAUCUAAAACUGUAUGGCUGAAAGCUCAUGGAUUUUAUACAUUCUUCCUAUCAGCAAGACCGCUGGCUGACAUCACAUUUAGGUUGGGAGAUUUCUCUGCUUUUCGUGUUUGUUAUUUUACGUUUUAUAGAAAAUUGUGAGUGCAUGGGCGACAUGAAUUGGAACUUUUUGAAGUUUUUAUGAAUUAAAAGGCUAUGGGGUUUGUCAUAUUACUAAAAGCACCCCUUUGUAAUUUUGCAUUGACCGAUGAAGGGACUUGGGUGUCCCUGAAAGCUAAUGUUUUUUUUGUGACGUCAGUUAAUGUCAAUAAACAGAUGAAAGGCA